AUGGAUUACAAUUAUUCAUUAAUUCAAUCAGAAUUGAGAAAUAAAAUAUGUCACGACUGUCUUAAUCAAGAAUUGAUAGGAUUGCAGGAUGAACAAGAAAAGUUAUUGCAAUUGCUUCGACUAUGCACCCUAUUUGGUGAAAGCAAUUCCAUCUUGAUUAUCGGACCUCCAGCAAGCGGAAAAACAAUGCUAAUACGAUCUGCUAUCAAUAAAUUAAGAGAUACCGAAGAUGUAGCUGACAAAUAUUCGCAAGUAAAUUUAAAUGGCUUGAUUCAAGUUGAUGACAAGCUUGCUUUAAUCUCUAUUGGUGAACAGCUAGGAGUAGAAGAUGUCAGAGAUAGAUCUAUAAAAUCAUUUGGGGAAACAUUUGCUUAUAUUUUAGAGUCCUACAAAAAUGGUAAUCCAAAAAAAGGCUCGAUCAUAUUUAUAUUAGAUGUUUUCGACUUAUUCACCCGACAUCGAAAUCAAGCUCUUCUGUAUAAUUUAUUUGAAGUAUGUCAAUCAGCCAAAGUGUCGGUCCUUGUUAUCGGAGUUACUUGCAGGCUGGACGUGUUGGAAUUGCUAGAAAAAAGGGUAAAAUCAAGAUUUUCUCAUCGCCAAAUUUACCUCUUAUAUGCCCCGUCGUUUGAUCAAUAUGUUGCAGUGUUCAAGUCUUUACUCAAAAUAGAAGGCAAAGGCCAUAAACCUAGCCAGACAAAAUCAUGGAAUAAUCAUAUUGAGAAAUUAGCAAAUGAUGGCAGCGUUAAUGAUAUUUUACGAAGAUUAUUUGAUUAUAGUAAAGACUUACGUUUAUUAAAAAAUUUAUUGGUUACUCCAGUAUGUUUGAUUCAUGAAAGUCAUCCUAAUAUUGUGCCAGACGAUAUAAUAAAAUCUUGCAAACAUAUCGUCAAAGAUUACACGGUUCUCCUUUUGCAAGGCGUAUCGGUCUUGGAACUGUCGCUAAUUAUUGCCAUGAAACAUUUAUCAGAUAAAAGAAGGACCACAACAUUUACGUUUGAGAUGGUAUAUCAAGAAUACAUGCAAUUUAUUUUAUAUAAAUCGCAAUUAGUGGAGAAAUUUCCAAAACCGGUGAUAUUUAAGGCAUACGAACGUUUGAUUGAUAUGGCAUUGAUUAAGCCUACGAAUCAUCCACAUAAACGUCUGCAGAAAGAAUACUGGCAAAUGUCAUUACUAGUUCAGCCUACACAGAUUGCAGAAGCCUUGCAGAAAUAUCCUAAUUGUCCAACGUCCGUCAUGCAGUGGGCACUAAACCCUAUUCAUUCAUAA